GACUACCAUAAGAUCAUCAAACAGCCGAUGGACAUGGGCUCAAUCAAGAAACGACUGGAGAAUAACUACUACCGCAGCGGCAGCGAAUGCUUGCAGGACUUCAAUUCCAUGUUCACCAACUGUUACAUCUACAAUAAGCCUACAGAUGACAUUGUACUGAUGGCACAGUCUCUGGAGAAGGUCUUCUUACAGAAGGUUGCCCAGAUGCCCCAGGAAGAGAUUGAGUUGCCCCCUCCUACCCCUAAAGGCAGAGGAGCAAAAACGAUCAAAGGACGUAGAGGCAGAGGAGGAGGAAGUGUUACAUCAGCUCACCAGGUGCCUGCCGUGUCUCAGUCAGCGUACUCUCCUUCCUCACCCGACACGCCAGAUUCCCAGUUUUGCACCCCUCCACACACCCUGCUGAGCAACAGCGGCCCUCCUCCACCGCUGAUGACCCCACCACCCACCCAACCCACCGCGAAG